GCGGCUACCCUCCCCCUGUUAAUAAUAUCGUGCAACGUGACAGCCCGCCGAGUUACUUCGACUUAUAUGCCAGCAGUAAUGAAAAUCGGAUACAGCAGAAACCUACCGCACCCACUGGGCCGUGAGAAUAUUUUUUGGAAAAACAAAAAGGGACUUUGGGAUUUUGAGCAAAUCUGUGUUAACCACCGUGAUGUCCGUCAAAUAUUGACCCACCGUGAUGAUAUAGACCAUCAUGGACCAUCAUGGUCCAUCUCCUGGACCUGGUCUCUCCGAAGAACAGAGAAGACAGAUACCCGUCCUGAAACAAAACUAUGGCUCGUCCAUCAGGACCACCAGAAGGAUUUGGACAUCGUGGACUGCAUGGAUCUGGACCUCAUCCAUGAUAAAACAAAAUUGACAAUUAACAUGUAAAUGUUUAAUAAAAUUACAU